UCUUACGAACGGACCAAUCAAUAAAUAGAUGUUUCACGUUGUUUUGUGGUUCUUACACGCUCCUGCACAGUAGUUUUCUUUUUUGUUUAGCAGAUGGCAUCAAACUGUGCCAAUCACUCUAAUCCUUACCAUCAAUGCACCCAAGCUUGCUCUCAGUCCACCAACCAAACCAAGAUCACCACACACACAAACAAAAACAAAAACAAGAUUAAUUCAGGUUAUGGUCGAAGUGUGACAGACGGUCAGCUUGGCAAAAAGGUUGAUAAGCAAAAACGAAUUUACUCAGCUUGUCCUAAAGCAUCUAAUCCUUACCACGAGUGUGAUGACAAUUGUUACAAAAGAUUAUCCGAUUCAGGAGCCCCUCCUCCGUUAAAGUUAGACAGGAAAAACAAGCUGGGUUCUAAACCAGAACCCCCCGUUCUUGACACUGUUCCUGCCUCAAAAGUUGGAGCAAUUUACCUAUCCGAGAAGAAAAAGGUUUUGACAGAGAAAAACGAGCACGUUCUAUCUGAGCCAAUUUCUGGACAGAAACAAGAUCCAGUUGUAAAGCCUUCCUAUCUCAAAGACCAACCAAGGGAUCAUGUUGCCAACUCGAUGACAACAACUCACGACGAAAAGAAAACAUCUCGUAAAGUUGUUGCAGUAACCCAUCAUGUUGAUCACACCGAAGAAUUGGGUCUUAGUAUUUCAGCUGGCGGAUCCGUAGGUUCUAGUUUUUCUGGUAUUCCACGUGGAAAUGAAGCAAAUUUAAACGAUGAAGCAGAGACGGAGUCCGUGAGUUCAGAACCCCGUCUUCAAGUUGGAAGAUACAAAGUAAAAGAAAGUUUUGUUUCCAUUCUGCAAUCUAUCUUUGACAGGUACGGGGACAUAGGAGCAAGUUGUCACUUGGAAUCAGUCGUGAUGCGCUCGUACUACGUUGAGUGUGUGUGUUUUGUGGUGCAAGAGUUACACUCCUCCUCAUUGAUUCAACUGAGCAGCUCCAAAGUGAAGGAAUUGUUGGCCAUUCUUAAGGAUGUGGAAUCUGCUGAACUUGACGUUGCAUGGUUGCGUAGCGCCCUCGACGAACUGGCUGAAAAUAUUGAACUCAUUAAUAAACAGCAGGUGGUAGAGGCAGAAAAGGAUUACUCUGGUCAGGAAGUGGAGACAGUGAAAGAGGAGCUACGACAAGAGUUGGAAAGUUUGGCUCAGAAAGAACAAGAGGUUGCUGAUAUCAAAGCACGAAUUCCUGAGAUGAGAGGUCGUUUGAGAGAGCUCGAACUCAAGUCAGAAGAACUUAACAAAAGCAUGCUAUCUAUCAAAUCCAACGUUGAUAAUUUGGCCAUUAAAUCGUUGGUAGAUGAACUGUUAUGUUAAGAAAUUUGUUUCUUAAUGAGUUUUUCAAUGCUUAAAGGUUGAAUAGGUUGCUGAAUAAAUGUAUGAAGAGCAAUGUUUUCUUGUUUAGUUACUAAUUAUAUGAACACAUACUACUGACACACGGUAUUACAGAGAUGAACCCUAUCCACUGGGUUUGAACUUUAAUUACUUGUUUCUAUUUAUGCCAACGAUAGUGCUGUUGAUCAUCAGUUUUAAUUUUGCAUCUCUGCAUACAUAUUUUAGUCCUGUAAAUUUAUGCAUGUCUUUUUCCUUUAUUCUUAAUUCGUAAUCACAAAAUGCUAAUGCCUAGCGAUUCCUCGAAACAUAUUUAUUUUACGUCAUUUCUCUUUAACUAUUGGCCCUUGAAACUGUGCUGUGCCGUGAUAGAAGAAAUCCUCCUUACAAAAGGAACAAUAGAAACACAUAAUGAAAGAAAAUGCACAAUAUGCUCAAAAACAGAUAACCAAAAGGAAAGCCUUAGAAACAGAGUAAUAUCUACAGAUUUAGGAAAGCAGACGUUGGGAGGAAACUUUACAGGCUUGAAGGAAGUGUUUGAAAUUUGGGACAGGUUGAAAGAUUUGGAGAGAAGGAAAGAUUUGUUGUAUUGAAUGCUUUUAAUCUUUUUUUGGCUU